UCCCUGUUCCCUUUUAGGGGCUUCUGGAACACAGCAGAUGAUUAAUACAUUCCAAGGGACAGUCUAACGGACCAAGUGAAGGAGGGCUGGUUGGGAGGCUUGAAGCAUCAGAAAGAGAAGCCCUCUUUGCUGGAGAAUAAGCAAACACUUGCCUCAUUUCUCAAACAGCAAACCCACAGAUCUGCAUGAGUGUCCAAUUUUAGACCAAGGGAGUUAGAAACAGCGAGAGUUGCUUUUGGUUUCAGUUUCUCUUGUCCCUCCCACCCCUGCCUUUUUACUAUAAGUAAGAAAAACCUAUUGGAAAAGGACCCAGAAAAGCAAGGAGAAUAGAAAGAAGAGGAAGGAGAAAGGGAACCUGGGAGAACAUCCCUGAACAGUUUGGGUUGAAGCCUCGGGAAACAGGUGACCAUGACAUCAGCUGAGUCCAUGCAGGCACCCGUAUGUCUGGUAGAAAACAGCAAUGGAGAGCUGAUAGUAAACCAGGAAGCCCUACAGAUUCUUACUUCCAUCACCAAGCCCGUGGUGGUGGUAGCUAUUGUUGGCCUAUAUCGUACUGGAAAAUCCUACCUGAUGAACAGACUAGCAGGAAAGAACAAAGGCUUCUCCCUUGGCUCCACCGUGCAGUCUCACACAAAGGGCAUCUGGAUGUGGUGUGUCCCUCACCCCAGGAGAUCUGACCAUACCUUAGUUCUGCUUGACACUGAGGGCCUUGAAGAUCCAGAAAAGGGUGACUCCAAGAAUGACUCCUGGAUCUUUGCCCUGGCCAUCCUGCUCAGCAGCACUUUUGUCUACAAUAGUAUGAACACUAUCAACCACCAGGCCUUGGAACAGAUGCAAUAUGUGACAGAGCUGACUGAUCUAAUCAAGGUCAAAUCUUCACCUAAACUUGUUGGGGAAGACUCAGCAGACUUUGUGGGCUUCUUCCCAGACUUUGUAUGGACUGUGCGGGAUUUUACCCUGGAGCUUAAGCUAGAUGGACAUCCCAUCACCUCAGAUCAGUACCUGGAAAAUGCCUUGAAACUCAGAGAAGGAAAACACCCCAGAAUUCAAAGGGCCAACCUUCCACGAGAGUGCAUCAGAAAAUUUUUUCCAAAACGAAAGUGUUUUACUUUUGAUCGUCCAACAAAUGAUAAGUUACUCUUAGCUCAUCUUGAAGAUGUCCAUGACAGCCAGCUGGAGCCCAUUUUCAAGGAACAAGCAAAUGAGUUCUGCUCUUACAUCUUUUCCAACACAAAACCCAAGACCCUUAGUGGGGGAAUCAUAAUCAGUGGAAAUCGGCUGGGAAUGCUGCUGCAGACCUAUGUGAAGACCAUCUCUAGUGGGGAUAUUCCCUGCCUGGAGAAUGCAGUGUUGACAUUGGCUGAGAUUGAGAACUCGGCUGCUGUGCAAAGAGCUACUGACCAUUAUUUGAAGCAGAUGGUCCUCAAGGUGGACUUCCCCACAGACACUCUCCAGGACCUGCUGAACCUACAUGCAGACUGUGAGAAAGAAGCCAUCUCCAUUUUCAUGAAGUAUUCUUUCAAGGAUGAUACACACAAGUUCCAGGAGAAACUGGUGCAAGACUUAGAAACAAAGAAGAAUGAUUUCAUACAUCAGAAUGAGAAGGAAUCAACUAAAUAUUGUCAAACUAAACUUGACUACUUCUCUCAGACCCUGAUGGAAGCCAUUUCUCAAGGCACCUUCUCUGUGCCAGGGGGUUACAAACACUACAGAGAAGAAAGAGAAAAAAUACUGAAUAAUUAUGAUCAACUGCCCAAGAAAGGGGUGAAGGCCCAUGAGGUCCUCCAAAAGUUUCUACAGUCUCUUGCAAUGACAGAAGAAUCCAUCCUGCAGACAGAUCAAGCACUCACUGACCAGCAGAAAGCUUUGGAAGUUGAACAAGUCAAAAGAGAAGCAGCUGAAAAGGAGAAGGUGUUAUUGGAACAGCAACAGAAGGAAGUGGAGCAGAAGAUGGAAGCUCAGCAGAGAACUUAUGAAGAAAAUAUAAAGCAAUUGGAAACUAAGAUGGAGGAAGAGAGGGAACAGAUCAUGAAAGAACAGGAAAAGAUGCUGGAACAUAAGCUAAAGGAACAAAAGCAGCUCAUGGAAGAAGGGUUUAAUGAGAAAGCUGAACAGAUGAACAAAGAGAUGGAUGACCUACGAAAAAGAAUGUCUGAGAGUCAAAAGUCCUCUUUGUUGUCCUCAAUUUUAGGAGGUGUUGGUGCUGUUUUGAUGGCCAUUUUACCUGGUGCAGGAAAACUUAUUGGCCUUAAGUUAAUGUCAAUUGGCAAAUCGCUCAAGUAAUCAAAUGUGUUUCAGUUUCGGGAAAAAAAAAAAAGGUUUAGAAUAUAAUUGUUCUACUUAAAAACACACACACACACACACACACACACACACAUAUGGUAUUAGUGGGACAGAUAGGAGGUUUGGUGGAUUGAGAGCUAGUCCUAGAGACAGGAGGUCCUGGGUUCAAAUUUGGUCUCAGACACUUCCUAGAUGUGGGAUCCUGGGUAAUUCACUUAACCCCCAAAACCUAGUCCUUACCACUUUUCUGCCUGUAACUGAUACACAGUAUUGAUUGUAAUACAGAAGGUAGGGGUUUUGUAAACAAAAACAUGACACCACGACCUCCUUGUGUGUGUUUGUGUGUUUAGUGCUUCAAAUAUAUUUCUAAAAGUAUUAAGAAGGAAAGCUGAUGCUUCACCAGAAAAGAUUAAAAAAACCUGGAGAAAGUUCCCAGGAAGCACAUUCAUCUCCUCAGUGUUAGUUAGAUGAGACUUCAUCCCCCUAAGUGAAAGGCUUCUUUCCUUUAAGCUAAAUGGUCUGAAAAGCAGAAAGCUUGAAUUUUCCCCUUCCUUUUAAUGGCUUCAGAGGUAGAAGGAGGCUGGACAAGUCAUAGAAUCUAACUGCCUCAUUUUACACAUGGCUCCUUGGUGGUGCUAUAAGGAGAGAAAGACUUGAAAUCAGGAAGACCUGAGUUCCAAUCUGGCAUUAGACACUUAUAAGCUGCAGGACCCUAAGAAAGUCACUGAAACUCUCUAAGUCUCAGUUUCUUCAUCCAUGAAAUAGCCCCUACACCUCACAGGCUAAUUGUGAGGAUCAGAUGAGUUAAAGUUCCUUGGAAACCAUAAAAUGCUAUAUGAAUGUGAGUUAUUCACAGUAUAAACAUGAAGCCCAGAGAUACACUGUAGUCUACCCCAAGUCGCACAGGAGACAGACAGGGCUUAAACUGAAGCCCCUUGACUCCAAAUAUGUUAUGGUAAUCAUGGAGGACCAAUCCCUUGGUCUCUCUUCAGAGAUGACAACACAAAUUUGUCCCUGGGCUUCUUCAGAUUCUUAGAAGUUCAAGUGGAAUCUCCCCUGAUUUCAGAACUCCCAACUAUAUGCUGAAGUAGCAAGAUUUAUGUGUGAUCAACAGAAAGUGUAUUGAAUUUGUUAUCAGAAUACCUGAGCUCAGCCAACCCUGACACUUAUUGCCUGUGAGACCUUAGAUGAAUAACUUUAUCUUCUCCAGUUUGUUUCUGCAUCUGUAAAAUGAGGAGGCUCAACUAAAUGAUCUCUUGGGUUCUUUCCAGCUCUAAAUCCUAUUUCUUUUGAAUAGGGGUCUCAGAAUCCCUUUUCUAUGCUUGUCCAGAAGAUGUCCAACAUUAGUGAGUUUCCUAAUCCUAUUAACUGUGUAACUUGUGUCCUUAUAACAUCCAAGCUCUGUGUUAACUAAUAAAUUAAGAAGUCAGUCUAGUUAUAUACUUUGUGACAAACCUAAAUAUGGCUCUUUGCAACUUCUAACUCAGAGGUUCCUAAACUUUUUUAGUUCUUCAUUUCUAUUUCCUUCAAUACUACUUUCAAACUAAUUGUUUUGCAUUUAAAGGUCUGUUUUAUAGUCCUCCUUUUCAAAAUAAAACUUCCUUCUAGAA